AUGUCGCCGAGGUCUGAGAUCCUGCUCCCACUCUACAUCUAUCCUACCUCGGGUGCAUGGAAUCCACUUCAUCAAGUCAUCCUCGCAUACCCUGCCGUUCGGUUUACAGUCGUCAUCAAUCCGGCAAGCGGGCCAGGAGAUGGACCGCUGCCUGAUUACAACUACACCCGGGAGAUCGCCACAUUGAAUACCUUCGACAACGUGCGCACCAUUGGUUAUGUUGCCACCACGUAUGGCAAGAAGAGCCUGGAAGCAGUGAUGCAAGAAAUCGAUAGAUAUGCCAACUGGGCCUUAUUGGACCCCGCGCUGGAGCUGAGCGGAAUUUUCCUGGACGAGACACCAACUCUGUACACCGACGCGAACGGUGCAUAUCUACCAAUGAUCCAGACCAACAUCAAGAAUACGGUAGGCUUGGGAAGUGGGCUUGUUGUGCACAAUCCCGGAACGAUCCCGGAUGUUCGCUUUGCGGCCGCGGCGGAUGUGACGGUUCUGUUCGAACAAACGUAUGAUGUCUACGUCGCCCGAAGUGCGAACGACACGGUCGCUCCUGCGACACUGUUGUUUGACCGGGAGCGAAUUGGGGCGAUCGUCCACACAUGCCCGGAUGAUCUGGGCCCUCAAGAGAUGAAGCAGUUUGUCGAGGAGGUGGAGGUCAAAUUUGGCUGGCUCUACCUGACUGACCUUGGAGAGAAUUACUACCACAACUUCAGCACCCGAUUCUUAGAGUUUGUUCAGUACGUCUAA